AUGGGGGACUAUGCAGCACUUCAACUGGACACGCGUCUGCGACGACUGUACCCGACACGGCUGCCCAUGAUGACACGCUGCCCACCAACAGAAGUGAUUGUUCGUGUUGCCUAUGCUGGCAUCUGCCACACUGAUCUUGCCAUUCUGCAGGGUGAUUUUCAAAUAGACUGUGAUCGGCUUGUUCUUGGACAUGAAAUAAGUGGAAUUGUCUCAGGUGUUGGCAAAGAAGUUAAUUGGUUGAGAAUUGGUGACAAGGUCGCUGUGAAUCCAAACAGCAAAUGUGAGCGAUGUGCAGUUUGUCUUCAUGAGGAAAUGGGUGCACCUGCAGAAGCAAGUGUAGGUGUGGAACGAGAUGGAGGCUGGGCAGAGUUCUGCCUAGUGCCACAGUCGCAGUUACACUUGCUGCCAUCAGACGUCCCUCUCAAACAAGGUGUGCUAUGUGAGAGUCUCUCAUGCGUGGCUCAUGCAUGGGAACAUGUGGCACCACUUCCACACAGUGCACGUGUUGCUGUGCUUGGCACUGACCUGGUGGGCUGUCUUACUGCCAGCCUGUUGCACGUUCAGGGCUACCGCCAUGUCACAUUGUGUGAAAAUGCUGAGGCUGCCCGCCAGAGAGCCCACAGUCUCGGCCUUGGGUAUGAGAUGAUAGACCAUAAUGAACUCUGUAACAAGACUUUUGAUUUGGCAAUUGACUGUACAGGAGAUGCCAUGAUUCAGCAAGAAGCAGCCCAUGCAUUAGGUUUUGGAGGACACCUUCUCAUUUUCAGAUCAAACUCUGUGAAGGACAGACUAUGCCUGUCACCAUUUAAUAUUUUCACGAAUGAGAUAAAAGUCACUGGUUCCCUUAUCAAUCCUUAUGCCUUUGGGAAGGCUCUUACUUGGGCUUCAGUGUUGGGGCACAGGUAUCUUGAUUUCAACAAAUUGGGUGUUGUCUCAUACCCAUUAAAAGAGCACCAAGAAGCUCUUGAGACAGCAAAGAGUGAUGAUGCAGCAAAAGUAGUCUUUGAGUUUGAUGUUUCUGAUGUACCGACUCCAUAA